AGUAAAGGGUGAAGUGAUUUUUAAUUUAAAAAAAAAAAUUGUGACUGUAAAAAAGUGUAAUUUAAAGUAGUGUACUUUUAAAUUAUUGACCAAGUUCUGCCUGUAUCGGGUAAUAUCCUUAUAGUAAACCUCGCUCACGAGAUUAUAAACGAAAUUAAAAAACAAAAACUAACCUAUUUUUUAUGCUUUUAAAAAGCAAAAACCUAUUAAAGUUACAUGAGCUAUUUAAAUAUUGUUAAACUGCGCAAUUUUUGUUAAAUAUCGGUUUUUUUAAAAUUUUAGCGUUAUGAUUACUAUCACAGUGAAAACUCUGGAUUCCCAGAAUCACCAGUUUAGUGUAGAAGAAAGUUUGACAGUGGAACAGUUUAAGAAUCAUAUCGCUGAAAAUGUUAAUGUUCCUGCUGCUAGGCAAAGAAUCAUUUAUUGUGGGAGGGUCCUUCAAGACACCUCUAAAUUAUCUGAUUAUGAUGUGGAUGGUAAGGUAGUUCAUCUAGUCCAACGCGCUCCGCCUACAAGUAAUCGAAAUGUCAGAUCCCUCACCCCACCGCCAGACCUAAACAGGGCUAGGGCUGGCUUCAGAGGAAUGGACGGAGGCAAUGCCAUAUAUAUGGGAAUGGGUUCAAUGCCAGUGGGUCCACCUGGGUUAAUGGAAGGCCUGCCAGCCCCUAGAGCAAUACAUACCUUAAGUUCUAGCAGAAUAAAUGUGGCUAAAAGAAUGCUGCGCAAUGCUGAAAAUGUUAUUCGACAACUGGAGAAUCCUGGUGCGAGUAAUGAUUCCGCGGCACAGCCCGAGGAGCCAGUUGAAGAAGAGAUGACACCUGUAAUUGAAGCCAGAGUCAUUGUUCCCACAAUUGGAAACCAAGUUAUCGACGGGGAUGCCAUCAUAAAUGCUGUCCAUAACACUAUCUUUCCAGCUGUAAAUAACAUUGAAGUUUCCACAACGCCAUUUGUACCGAACUCCGGCCCGAGCACCAGCUCAGACCCAGCCGAUUCAUCUACACCGCAAUCGACAUCUCAAACUGCAGCAGAUUCUAAUAAUGCCGCAGAACCUGCACCGACUGAAAGCGCAACUAAUGCGGGCGCGAGUCAACCGGAAGCACCCACCCGAGAAAAUCGAAGACGUGAGUGUCACCCCGGUGAAAUGGCGACGCUAUUAACACGUCUUAAUCAACUGCAGUUCAGGUUCACUCCUUUCUUGGCCCGGUACCAGGAGUUUUUGGAGACGGAUCCUGAAGUACCUGAAGCCGAACGUGAAGAAACUAGUCAGAUGUUGAACAGAGUGUCCCAGGUGUUGCACCUUUUGGGACACGCCUAUCACAGUUUAAGUGAUAUUAUUGUCAGUUUGGAGCAGCGUCGUCCUCGGUUGUUGCUUUGUAGGCCGAUUUUAAUACCGCCGCCCAAUCGUUUGAUUCAGGCCGGGAUUCCCAUACAAGUUGAGGCUCAGAUUAACUUAUCGGCGGAUAGACCUCCGACGACCACCCCCGCCUCCACAACGUCCUCAACCACCAAUUCCGACAUGACGUCGUCGACUAACACGCCGACAUCUUCGAGCGACAAUGCCGCCACCCCGGACAGCACAAACAGUUCAUCGACCGCCCAAUCCACCAGACGGGCCACGAUACCGUUGACCUCCCACAUGCAACAAGGUUUCGUCGGUCUGCCGUUUCCGUCAGGCACGAUGCGCGUGAUCACUACCCCGGUUGAAAUCCGAAUGGAGCAACCGACCAAUCAGAGACCGGCGAAUAAUAACAAUAACACCACGGCCCCGCCUACUAGUUCGGUAUCGUCUACUACGCAGGACGGUGCGCAGCAGGCUCGGCCUUCAACUGAUAAUAGCCAAUCGGGGGCACAGCAGCCGCAAGGUCAAGGUCCACCCGGCGGGAAUAUGGAGUUCUUUAUGGAGGUCACGCCGGAUGCUUUGAGAAAUGGGAAUUUGAUUCAGUCGUUGAUGCAGAUGGUGAGUUCUCAGAUAGGGGAUACCUUGAAUAUGGCGAAUCAGAGAUCGGAGAAUCAGAAUAAUCAAGCUAAUGGCGCGCAAACGCCAGGACAACCCUCGCAAGCAAGAUCGACUCAAACAAACCCAACAACAGCCACCCAUACACGAUCCACUUCGAGACCUCACGUUCAUAUGACCCAGCAGAGGGUACAGGGGGGGUUCGACCCGUUUUUGCCCUGUCACUCGCACCACAUCGACGUCGAUCCGAGACCCACAAGAGUAAUAACUGUUUCCAGUUCCGUUCCCCGAGUCGUGCCGGAAAUGCAAAGAAUGUUCCAUGGGGUUCCAUCUUUCGCGAAUCCUGCCUCUGGUCAGCAGCAGAAUACACAGCCCAGGUCCAAUGUGCACGGAUUGCCCAAUCUUGGUGCUUUUCCUGGGGGGCCCAUUGAUUUUUCCAGGCUAUUUGAAAGGGUCACGGACGCAGUAGGAAACGUCUUACGUCAAUCCACUAACCAACAACCGGUACCACCCAGGGGAGCCCCAGACGGCCAAAAUGCCGGAAAUAAUGACAAUCUUUUCUUUGGGGCUAAUAUACUUUCAGGCCUGUUUGAUCAAAAUAAUCCGCCAUUUAAUAAUGAUAUGACUUUGGACAUGUUCCUACAGUCGUUACAUCCAGAGCCGUACGUACAGGGCACUAGUUUACUUAUAGACUUCAGUAUGGCUUUGUUUAGAAAUCUACGGUUAAACGAUGUCGUAACGAUCCAGGGUGGUAAUUUGGCUCCGCUAUACGGGCAAAUGGACAUUAUCCAACGGUUCUUUUUGACUGAAGUGUGUCAGAAUGAUACUACCGAUGCGGGAAUUGAUAGGGCUGCCGAGAGGAUCGUUAGUGACUUUGGACCUCUUAUAAAUACAUUGGCUCCAGUAGCGACAAGGGACAAUAUCGACAUAGUUGCUUCAGUUCAAAAUCUUUUCAGGCAAAGAGGAGCUGAGAUUAUCCGUUUGGCUGUCAAUGGUGUUUCAGCAGGAGAAGGCAACAAUGCGCAAAGGGCCGAGGCGUUCUUUUCGACCAUUUUGAGGACCGGUAGUGAUUUUAUGGCGUUGGCGGUGGCUUGUAGCGCGAAUGGGGCUCAGGCGGUGGAAGAGGUUAUACAGCGACUUACGCUUAACAACUUACUAAACAACCCAAACGAAUUGUUUCAACGGUGGAGCAUGAACAGGCCGAGCUUAACUACAGUAUUUCAAAGCCUAAACGUUCCACUGUCGGACAUUCAGCAAUAUAUUAUCAGAAAUGCUCCUCAGGAAGCACCCAAUCCACCCCCCUCAGAGACAAAUAAUGCCACAGAGCAGCAUAACAACAUUGAGAGCAUGGAAGUCGACGACGUGCCCAGCCCUGCGACUAACGCGAUUCCAGUAGCGGCGGUACCUCCAACUCCCCAUCCUCCCGCAGUGUUAGAAGAUACUUCUGAGCCGUUACCUAACGUUGUUUACGGCUCACAACCCUGGCACCGAGAUACUCCCGAGGAAUGGGUACCUAUUAUUGCGAGAGACAUUCAAAAACAGAAGAAACAAAGCAGUCAACCGCCGUUUAGCGAUGCGUACCUUGCCGGUAUGCCUAGUAAAAAGAGGAAACUUAUCGAGAAGGCAAAACCGGACGGGAGCAUUAGUGAUAUUAUUACUGAUAGUGUAAGGCAAGCGGUGACCGCUGUAGGGCUUCAAUCUGUAGCGCCCUUAGAGGAGGUAGCACAGGCCGCAGGCGAAUCACUAGAAAUCCAAACGGCCUUCAGAAGUCUCUUGCAGUCAACAGUGCGGUCAAACCUUGAAAAUAACGAAGACUUCACCCCCGAAAGGUACCCGAACACUUCUAGAUUUUUCAAUAACGACUCGACCGCCGAAUGAUCCGAGUAUAUUAGCCUUAGUUUUGUGGUGUAUUUUAUUUAGAGACGUGUUGUAAAGUGCAAUUAUUGUGCGUGAAACAUUCAUCAUUAUUCCGACCUGUGAUUGAUUAAAUUUAUAUUUUGCGGUUAAUUCUGCAAGACUCUUGAUCGGUCGCACUUUGAAGUAAAGUAAUUAAAAAAAAAUUGUUUUUAUUUUAGGAUUUAUUAAUUUUGUACACAUGCGAUAGUUAAAGGGACGAGGAAACAAAAUUAAAAUGUUUAUAAAAGUUAUCAGGUGUCAGACUUGUAUGUCUAUAGUGUAAUUUUUGCUUAAUUUAUAAUAAACUAGAUAAUAUGGAAAAA